ACGACAUAGAUAUGAAUCACGUGUCCGUCAGUCGCAUCUGAGACGCUGUUGAGUGUGGUUGUGUGUAUUUAUAUACUGAUUUUAUCACGUCAAUGCCGUAUAGAUGAUGGAGACGGUCGUUGAGAUAUUUCAUUUUAUAUCAGAAAAGCUCGGUAUACAAUGGGCACCGCGAGAUGUACCUAUGACGCGUCGUCUUCAGACUCUGGGUGCUGCUGGGUGGAUCUGUCUCGUGCUGUUCGGAGAAGCUAUCAGUAUACUGGUCUACCUUAGCGUUUUAUACUCAUCAAUGUGGUGGUUGGCCAUCGGCUAUGCUGUCUGGAUGCUCAAAGAUCUUGAAACACCUAACAAGGGUGGACGUAGAUUUGAAUGGGUCAGGAAUUGGUCCUGGUGGCGAAACUACUGCGACUAUUUCCCAAUUAAACUAGUCAAGACCGCUGAACUGGAUCCAUCGAAGAAUUACCUAUUCGCUUGUUUCCCCCACGGUGUCGUCAGUACUGGGGCGUUCGGAGCAUUCGCUACUAACGCGUUAAACUUUUACAGAACAUUCCCCGGCAUGACGUGCCAUAUGAUAACAUUAGGAGGACAUUUCUUAGUUCCCCUGUUCAGAGAUCUGAUUCUAGCGCUUGGUGGAUGCGCAUCUUCGGAAGAGAGUCUAUUACAUUUAUUAGAUAGAAGGAAACACACGGGGAAAUGCGUGGCACUGAUUGUUGGCGGGGCCGCCGAGGCACUGGAUUCACAUCCCGGAGAAUACAGCGUCAUUCUGAGCAGAAGGAAGGGAUUUAUACGAGUUGCCAUGAAAACUGGGGCUCCUUUAGUUCCCGUGUUCUCGUUCGGGGAGCCGGACGUGUUCCGUCCCUUCAACAACCCGCGGGACAGUUUGCUGCGCAGGUUCCAGGAGAAGUUCCGCGAGUGGACCGGCAUCUCGCCCAUCCUGCCCAUCGGCCGCGGCCUCUUCCAGUAUACCUUCGGUGUAUUGCCUUUACGAUCGCCCAUCACUACUGUUGUUGGCACUCCAAUGGCAGUUGAAAGAAAGUUGGAGCCCACUGACGAUGAAGUGAACGCCGUACAUUCAGAAUUCACGAGAAGAUUAACCGAAUUAUUCGAAUCACAAAAGGCCAAAUACUUAAAAGAUUAUAAAAACAAAACUCUUGUCAUAACAUAAUAAAAGUCUGAGAUGUAUGUAAACAAACAAUUUUUUGUUAUAAUACUUUAAUUAAACAUCGGUUUACGAGUUAGUAAUUUAUGUACAAAAAAAAAAUUAGUUCAUUAAAUUAAUAUUUUGUAUUAAAAUUUAUAUCGGGGAUUUUGUUUCUUGUUUACAUAAAUUAUUAAAUAAUUUGCCGGCCUGUAAUUACAAUAGGAGUUAGAAAUAAAAGUCUGUGGUUAUAAGUAGUACAUGGGCGUCGCAAGCCGCCCCCUAACCCCUCCAGAGAAUCAAAAAAUCUAUACAUAGAAACUAAUUAAAAAAAACUCAAAUGGUAACCUUUUUAGCGUAAGAUUAUCAGCUAGCGACUCCCAUUGAGUAACAAUAAACUAAAAAAGUAGUAAAAUAUAUUUUUACACGAAAUUGUAGAUGUUAUUACAUAUUAUGUUCCUCACAUGGAAAAUCGAUGUUAAAUGUAUAUUGGAAUUGUUAUAUUUUUAAUGUUAUUAAUAGAAAGUCAUUAAAAUAAUGUUUUUGUUUUUCAUCACGGGUAAAUAGGUUAAGUCCUAUGUAAAUAUUUUAAAAUUUUAAGCAAGUAUUGUAUUUUUUUUUGUACAUUGUAUU